GACUACAAGGCUUGGAAGAAAUGGGCACGAGCAAGAUUGCUGGUGGAGAAGGGGCGCGGAGGCAAGUCGCAGACCUUCGGCCCCAUGUUGUACACCCUCCUGGAGGGAACGGCCGUGGACACUCUGGAACAUGUGGAGCUGGACGAGUUGGCGGUCGACGGCGGCGAGGAGAAGCUGUUCGCCGUCCUAGACGCACGGUACCCAGAGCGAGAGGCGGCCGACCGAGCAGGAGACGCGCUGGAGUCCGUGUUCGGUCUGAAGAUCGAGAAGGCGGAGCUCACCAGCGCGUACGUGGGCAGGGCCCAGACGAUACUCAUGAGGGCCAAGAAGGAGGGCGUGGAGAUCCCUGACGUCGCUCAGGGGUUUCUCCUUCUUCGGGGCGCCCGCCUCGGAGGCGAUCGGCGCGCCGUCGUCCUCGCGGCCAGCGAGAGGCAGUGGACGUUCGAGAAGCUGGCCCUGGCGCUGAAGACGGUCUACCCGAAGGUGCUGCCCGAGCACGGCGUGCACCUGGUGGAGGACGACUACGUGUGGGAGGCGGCGGGCGAGGAGCAUCAUCCCGCGGCCAGCUCCCAGGAGGAGGUAGAUGCGUUCCUGGCGGAGGUCGAGCAAGAUCGUGAGGAACCCAUGGAGGAAGAUGAGGCCAUCCAGGCGCCGGAUCUGAAGAAGUUUUCCGCUCGAGUUCGCUGCUGGGCAUGCAAGCAGGUGGGUCACUUCAGCAAGGAGUGCCCGAAACGAGCUGGCAAGGGUGGCGGCAAGGGUCGCUUUGGCCAGAAGUUCGGGGCUGGCUUCGUCGAGAGUUUCUUCGCUGAAGAAAAAGAGGCCGACCCCUGGAAUGAGAUUGAGGAGAUCCUGGCGACGUGGGACGACAGGGGCCUCAGAGAGCAGCUGACCGAGGACCACUUCACGCGUCUGCGCAAGGAGGUAGACGAGAUCGCCGACCACGACGACGAGAACGCCGACGACGACGACGAGGCGGAGACGUUCAUGGUGCACUCGCCGGGUGCUGGGGUGAUCGACCCAGCUUGUGCGAGGGCCCUGAUCGGCUUGGACACGCUGAGGGAGCUGAUCAAGACGUCCGGGAACGACAUCGAGAUCGACGAGGACCACAAAGUGGUCACGUUCAAGGGGUUCAGCGGCGAUGAGCAGCACUCCAUCGGCAUCUGCAAGAUCCCGUGGAGGCUCGGCGACCACAUCGAGAUGGUCGACGUGCACGCGGUCCCGGGCAAGGCGAGCCUCCUUUUGAGUAAGCCCCUCCUGAAGAAGCUGGGCUGCACGCUGGAUAUGGAGAAGGACGAGCUGGCGUUCUCGAAGCUGGGCGUCCGCGUGCUGCUCCAGACGACCCGCGGCGGCCACUACGAGAUGCUGCUCGACGGUUCGUCCGCGGUCCCCAUCGUGAACCAGGAUUUUCAGUAG